CUUUCGGCUAUGUGCUUAACUUCCCACCCAUAGUCACGCUUUUGGCAUCUGUGUACUGACCAACCAAGUCAUUUGGUAACUCAUGGACGAGCAGCGUCCACUACCUCCACUGGAGGAGAUAAACACUCUGGGGUCAAGAGAGGCAUUGCGGACCGACGAAAGGCUUGGCGGAGUUGCAACUGCAGCAGAAGGCUUCGCAUUGGUUGCAGCCCCUGUCCGUCAGCAGCCAGAGGACACCAGUGCCACUGAGCCCGUCAAGAAUCACCAAAACUACAAUGUGUCUACAGGGCUUGUGAGAGAUUUUUCGUCGGAAAAUCAAGUGUUCUCGACCCUGGCCCUGCGAAGCGUGCCAGGAAAGCGGAAGUAUUUGCGUUCCUCGGUCAGAUCGACAGAGCUCGGCAGGGUUUAUCCAGACCAGCCCUCUAGUGACACCUCAAGAACGUAUGAGGCUCACGCCAGUGCAUCCAUGGAGGGACACCGAUGGAGCGUGUCCGAUAUGGGCCGCGCUUCAGAUGUCGCCAUCCCAAAAGACAGUGGUACUGAACGUGGCUCACCCACUACGUGUCCUGCAGACGUUACUGUUCGUGGAGAAUGGAAUGAGAUUAGAGAUGAUGGGAACAGCAUUUUCCCAUACCAAAUUGGCUACAAUGCAGGCUGGGGACCCCCAUCUAGCGCGACCACACUCCCCAACUCGUUUAAGUCCGCAAACCACUCGACCGGGAGCCCUACGGCAGAUCCAUGGCACUUGAUGCCGUGGGCUAGUGAGCCAUACUCGUGGGAUACAUUGCCCGCAUCUUUCUGGGGUUGGACCUGGUCUCAAUCCGAAUAUCUGACCGGGUCCGAGACCGACGGUUUCAUUUCGUCUAUUCCUGCACCGCAGGCGGCAGGGUGGCCCUUUGGAGGCGAGGCUGAACAGCCUCAGCAUCCGAGCAGAAGCAGCGUCACGCACUUCUGGGGAGACGGCUCCCAAGUGCUCUACCAUCCAAGUCUCUCCUUUGAUCCACCGGAGCCUUUUCCCUCGUCUGAUGCACUCGGGCUCUCUUCUAUCCUACAAACUGCGCCACCGAGCUUCCCAAGAUUUUCUCGCUUGCAGCAUGUUGAGGACGGCAGCUUGGCGCUCCCGGCUGAGUCUCCAAUGCUACCGCGUCCCUGGGAUCCACUGGCGCCUGUUUCCGCAGCAUUGCCCAUGACAGACUUCCACCGCCGCAGCUUGCAUCAACAACCAUCUGCGCCCAUCCCUGUUCGGAACAUCGAGUGGACAGUACCCCCAUGGCUACCGACUACGGUGAAUUACCAGGGAACUGAAGUCAUCCCGUUCGAUAACGUUGGUGCCAACAGACAGGAGUCAUCGUGUCAUGUCACGGCGCCGGAAGGCCAGGUCGAGCAUCGUCACUCGACCUCGGUAUCCGGCUUCAAUGCUCACAAGAAACGGGAACCGUUUGCGUAGUAGGAACGCCGAAAUGUGCUUGUCUAUAUGUUUAUGAAUUAUGAUACAAUGUCGUUCAUGAUAGGUUGGUGCUUUUUUACAACUGG